AGACUUUUAGACUUUGACAUUGUCUUAGUCUCGUUCACCCACGCUUUCACAUCAUCAACAACUAGACAUUUUUCUUCUUCUUUGAGGCCAAUAUCAAACCCAUAUUUUGAAGUUUGAACCCCUUAGUUUGUGAGUUUUAAGAAUAUGAAACUCGUAACCUUAACCUUGUUGAUGUUGUGGUCAUGGUGGAGCUUUGAGGGUGCAGUAGGAGACCCUCAAACUCUAUUACUCAAACAGGAUUGCAGCGGAUUCACGGCACCCAACUUGUCCAACUUCAACCAAAAUCUAAACGCAAGUUUGGCAGACCUGAGAGCAGAAGUGAGCAACCAAAGGAAGCACUUUGCCACUUCUCAAUCAACCACCGGAACGAGUCCUGUCUAUGCCAUGAUUCAAUGCAGGAACUACCUCUCCAACACCGACUGCGCUGCCUGCCUCGCCGCCGCCGACGCCAAGAUUCGCAACUGCUCCACCGGAGCUAACGGUGCCCGUGUCAUUUACGACGGCUGCUUCCUCAGGUACGAGAGCAAUGAUUUCUUUGCCCAGAUCAUGCCUCGCAGCAGCAUACUUUGUGGAAGUCAGAGUGCAGAUGAAAGCACAGCUUUCAGUGAAGCUGGACAACAAGUACUAACGGAUCUACAAAUAGCAACACCAAAAAUCACUGGCUACUAUGCAGCUACCAAGACACAAGUGGCUGGUGGUGCAAUCUAUGCCAUUGCACAAUGUGCUGAAACUCUCACACAAGACAAUUGUUUGGCAUGUUUGUCAAAUGAACAGACCACCGUACAAGGUUGUCUUCCCAAUACAAAUGGUAGGGCAUUCGAUGCAGGGUGCUUUAUGAGAUACUCAGAGACACCCUUCUUUUCUGAUAAGCAAACCAUUGAUAUCGCUCCCUUCUUAAACCAAGGAGGACGUUCAACUAAGAAGUGGUUCAUUAUUGGUGGUGUUGUUGGGGGUUUAGUCCUUGUUGUGAUCCUUCUUUUAUCAUUUUUAAUUAUAAUUCCCUGGUGUAGAAGAUCCCAAAUUCCCAAAAGAGUUCCUAGAGGUAACAUAUUGGAAGGGACUCAGUUGAAAGGUCCAACCAAGUUUAAGUAUAGUGACUUGAAAGCUGCAACGAAAAACUUUAGUGAGAAAAAUAAACUAGGAGAAGGAGGCUUUGGAGCUGUAUACAAGGGAACUAUGAAAAAUGGGAAAGUUGUUGCAGUGAAAAAAUUAAUUUCAGGAAAUUCCAGCAAGAUAGAUGACGACUUUGAAAGUGAAGUAAUGCUUAUAAGUAAUGUUCAUCAUAGAAAUCUGGUUCAGCUUCUUGGUUGUUGCAGUAAAGGCCAAGAUAGAAUCCUUGUCUAUGAAUACAUGGCAAACAACAGCCUCGACAAAUUUUUAUUUGGUAACAGAAGAUGUUCCCUUAACUGGAAACAACGCUAUGAUAUAAUUUUGGGCACUGCAAGGGGAUUGACUUAUCUACAUGAGGAAUUUCAUGUUUCUAUCAUACAUAGAGAUAUCAAGAGUUGCAAUAUCCUCUUGGAUGAAGAACUUCAGCCCAAAAUUUCUGAUUUUGGCUUGGUAAAGCUCCUUCCUGAAGACAAAUCUCAUCUCAGUACAAGAUUUGCAGGAACAGUGGGAUACACAGCACCUGAGUAUGCACUCCAUGGUCAAUUAUCAAAAAAGGCUGAUACAUACAGCUAUGGAAUUGUAGUGCUAGAAAUCAUAAGUGGUCAAAAGAGUACUGAUGUGAGAGUUGAUGAUGAUGGUGAGGAAGAGUCCCUUCUUCGACAAGCAUGGAAGUUGUAUGAGAGAGGCAUGCACUUGGAGUUGGUGGACGAAACCUUGAAUGAUAACUAUGAUGCAGAAGAAGUGAAGAAAAUCAUAGAAAUUGCUUUGUUGUGUACUCAAGCAUCGGCUGCGAUGAGACCAGCUAUGUCUGAAGUAGUAGUGCUACUCAGUAGCAAUGCACUUGAGCAUAUGAGACCUUCAAUGCCUAUCUUUAUUGAGUCUAAAUUAAAGCCCCACAGAGAUAUUUUUGCCUCAACUAGUUCCUCUACAUCUAAUGCUACUGCCCCCAGUUCUAUAGUACCUGCUCGAUGAUUAAUUAUGUAUAUGAUGCACAUGUUAGAGGGGCAGAAUGAUGUUGUAGAGCAUACAGAUGCAUGAUAAGUAAUUAAAGUUUGUUGUGAUGAUUAAUUGGUAGUUGUAAUUAGUUAUUCCUGGUAGCACUCUUUGGUAGUGUUGGAUGUUUGUAUAAAUGCCAUACAUAGAUUUGUUGCACUGAAUCAAUAAUUGAUUUCAUUCGUUUUUUCUGUUC